UCAAACGGAUGCUUGUGCAGUUUUCAAGUUCUACUCUAAAUUUACAUUUGGUGUUGUUUUUGAUGAUAAAGUGGAAGUAUCAACAAUUAUAUGGAAAAAAAAACGAAGCAUGUCCUUUUAAAUCAAUCACAUACAGUUUAAUUGUAUCAGUAUAGACAAUGGCUGCUAGAUUAGAAAUAGUAUGGACCCCUCAGCCAAAUAAAUUCAUCACCUGGGGUUCUGAUAUAUCUCUAUAUGAGGUGCAGCAAUUACGGAAUAAUGCUAACCCAAACAUCAAGUUAUCUAGCACUUGCGGUGCAAAUCUUGUAUCCACCAACACAAACCAUCAUUACAUUAAAUGUUUAGAUGUGCACCCUAAACUCGAUGAAGAUUUGCUAUUGGCUGUUGGAAAUACUUAUGGAAAGGUAUCUUUAUCUACUUUUGGGCCUUCAAGUGUUUUUGAUUCUCAAGGAUUGCCUGGAAAAGACUUCGUACCAAGACAUUCACGUCCUUGCAAUACUGUGGUAUGGAACCCAAUUGACAAUAAUGUUCUUGCGGUGGGUUUGGAAAAGUACAGGUCGGACUAUGCUGUACUACUUUGGGACAUAAUGAAAUAUCCAACGAUAAAUGAGAAUGCUGGUAGAAUUCCUAUGAAUACUGUGCAGCCAGCUGUUGAACUAGCUAGGCCUAUAGCUGAAUAUGGGGUGUCUGAGCAUGCUCACAGCAUUUCUUGGUUCAAGUCAAGUAGCAAACAAAUGGCGGUUGGAAUGAACAACAAAAACAUCAAACUUCUUGAUUUCAGAGAUCCAAAUAAGCUGGUUAUAUCUAAUUUGACAAAGGCUGUAUAUGGAGUAACAGUUGAUCCUCAUAACGAUAAACAUUUAGCGUCAUUUUUGGAUAAUCAGAUAUUCAUCUGGGAUAUAAGGAAUUUCGAAAAGCCAAUAGUGACCCUUCCACAUGCUAAGCCACUAGUAAAAAUUGAGUGGUGCCCUACUAAAUACAACCUAUUGGGAGUCUUGCAAAAAGAUAGUUCGAGCAUAACUUUGUACGAUAUACAACAUACAGUGGUAGGAGAUGAAGAAAUAGAGCCUUCAGUUUUGGAAAGAAAUGUUCUCCCAGGUUCUCCCCACAACAUAACCUCAUUCUCUUGGCAUCUAUUGGACGAGAGUCGUUUUCUCACUAUUGCUUUAUCUGGGUCUAUUAUUGACUUCACAGUGUUUGACAGGAUAACACUGAAUUGGGGGGCUUCGUCCAAUAUUGUAUGGACCUAUGGAUGCAAGACUAUGAAAUAUAUUCAAGAUGCAACCCUGAAUGAUAUAUCUUAUCACAUCAAGAAGAGGGCAAAACUUGGUUAUGGUUUGAAGGAUGAAUUUUGGAAGAACAGUGAAAUAGUUGAAGAUGAAAUGCUGUCUAAUUUAUGGAAUUGGCUCUAUCUGAGUGGAAAACUCGUUGAAAAGGGCUUUUUUGGCGAUAAGGACUCGGCACGGGAGGCCUUCUCUAAGCAUCCAGGUGUACAAUCAGUACUUAGGUUGGAUCCUAACAUCAAUAGGUCCGAAAUGGUAACCUUCAAUUGGGCUGAUUUGGGAAAUCCCAAUUGCAGUGGAAGUAUACGCAUUUAUAAACAAGAAGAACGUCAGAAAGCAAUGCACCUGUGCAGCUGGCACUUUGACAGUUCAGCAAACGCACUAGUCGAUCACAUACAGCAACUGGAAAAAGAUAAAGCAUAUACAAGAGCCGCCGCUUUAGCCGUUUUCAAUUUGAAAGUUAAGACUGCUAUAGAAAUACUAGGGAAGGCACCUGAAAACUCUGCUUCCGGUGGACCCCCAUUGCAAGUUGUUGCUAUGGCUCUAGCUGGUUUCUGUGAUGAUAAAAAUAGCACUUGGAGGCAGUUUUGUUCGUCCUUGAAGGGAAAAAUGUCAGAUCCUUAUUUAAGGGCGAUAUUCGCAUUUUUAACCUCGGAUAAUUACACUUAUGAUAAUGUGCUGAAUGAAAAUGGUAUGGCUGUCGAUGAUAGAAUAGCAUUUGCCUGCAUGUUUUUACCGGAUAAACAACUGCAUGGGUAUUUGAAAAAACUAUCAGACAAACUAACUGAAGAAGGAAAUCUAGAUGGGUUACUACUUACAGGAGCCACUCCAGAUGGGAUCAAGUUACUGCAAAAGUAUCUAGAGGUCACAGGAGACAUUCAGUCUACGGCUUUAAUAGCAGCACAGGCUUUUUCCGAUGAUGUCAACCCAGACACCGUUAGAGUAUGGAUCGAGAAUUACAGAAAUCUGCUGGAUACUUGGCAACUGUGGAAUGAAAGGGCAAAAUUCGACAUAAUGCUGAGUUCUUUCCGACCUAAUGAGAGGCAACCGCAACAGGUGUAUGUAUCUUGUAAUUUCUGUGGAAAGAGCAUCUCGGCUUGCAUGCAGGGACUGAAUCGAACUAGGGGUCAAUUUUCAAGGAUGGGCAGUGCUUCCAACAAUCUCAAGAUGUCAUCAUGCCCCAAUUGUAGAAAACCCCUUCCAAGGUGCUCCAUAUGCUUGAUGCAUAUGGGGACUAAGACAGUAUCGCCAACAGCUGAUGUUGAGAGUACGAAAGUUAUGGAGUUUCCUAAUUGGUUCACUUGGUGCCAGACUUGCAGACAUGGCGGCCAUGCCUCUCAUAUGGUGCAUUGGUUCAAAGAACACUCCGAGUGUCCAGUAACCGCAUGCAACUGUAGAUGUAUCAACAUAGAUUCAAUAACAAACUCAAUGAUGGCCAAAUAAUGAUUGUGAUACAAGUUGGAAAAACAACAAUUUUAUGAAUAUUAUGUGUGUAAUGUAAUUUUAAAUUUUAUUUCCUUUCGAUAUUCCUGAUUAGUGUGUAAUGAUGAAAUAUAUUUUUUUAUAAAACA